AUGGCUGGUAAAGGAAAAGCCGUUGGUUCCGUUGCUGAAAAAUAUUCUCGUUCCCGUAGCAGCAAAGCCGGUGUCCAAUUCCCAGUUGGUCGUAUCACCCGGUUCCUCAAAGCCGAAAAGUAUGCCAAACGUGUCGGUGCCAGAUCUCCGGUCUUCCUUGCUAUUGUGCUUGAGUACCUUGCAACUGAGGUGCUUGAAUUAGCUGUAUAUGCAGCAAGGGAUAACAAGAAGACGAGGAUCAUUCCAAGGCACAUUCAGUUGGCUGUAAGGAAUGAUGAUGAACUCAGCAAAUUACUUGGAGAUGUUAUAAAUUCUGGCUCAGCCAACUGA